AUGCCGACACUCGACCAGCUACCAACGAUACCUACGCUUGAACAGCUGCAAAAGAUGGCAUCUGCACUAAGGCAGCUGCGGGGAAAGGUGCCGGCAGGUGAACAGUUGCCGGAGAACACGUUGGAGAAGAUCAAGAAGAAGGUGCUGGAACGUUCUGCUUCCCUUUGGACGUCCGCGUCGCAGCUUGCUUCAGAAGGCGCCGAGGCGGCUGCACCGGUGGUGUCCUCGGUUAUCGACAGGACUCUCAGGUCAGAGGAAGUCGCAAAGGGGGCGGAGCAAAUUGGUGGAUUGAUGCGUCAGGUUUGGGGUUCUCUGGGGACCGGCCGUCGCUGA